CCACAGCGUACAACUCAGAGAGUCAACAAUGGACACAGUUCUACCAACAACGAGGGAACUGGGAGGUGUUCAUAGCAUUGCCCAAGACUCCUCGGAGCAGCUGGGAUCGUUUCUGCCGGAGGAGACACUCUGCAGCCCGGGCUCUGGGACGGAGGCAUCAGCUAGACUUGAGGAGCUACGAUGGCAGUUAACAAGGGCCCCGCCUUGCCGGAUGGAGACUGCCCUGAGCAGGAGAACGUGCUGCAGCGGGUCCUGCAGCUGCCCGUGGUGAGUGGCACCUGCGAGUGCGUCCAGAAGACCUACACCAGCACCAAGGAGGCCCACCCGUUGGUGGCCUCUGUGUGCAAUGCCUACGAGAAGGGCGUGCAGGGCGCCAGCAGCCUGGCCGCCUGGAGCAUGGAGCCGGUGGUCCGCAGGCUGUCCACGCAGUUCACAGCUGCCAAUGAGCUGGCCUGCCGGGGCCUGGACCACCUGGAGGAGAAGAUCCCAGCGCUGCAGUACCCUCCUGAAAAGAUUGCCUCGGAGCUGAAGGGCACCAUCUCCACCCGCCUGCGCAGCGCCCGGAACAGCAUCAGUGUGCCCAUCGCCAGUACUUCCGACAAGGUCCUGGGGGCUGCUCUGGCCAGCUGUGAGCUCGCCUGGGGGGUGGCCAAAGACACUGCUGAGUAUGCUGCCAACACCCGAGCCGGCCGGCUGGCCUCUGGAGGGGCCGACCUGGCCCUGGGUGGUGUGGAGAAGGUGGUUGAGUACCUCCUCCCUCCAGACAAGGAAGAGUCAGCCCCUGCUCCAGGAUGCCAGCAGGCCCAGAAAUCCCCCAAGACCAAGCCAAGCCUUGUGAGCAGGGUUGGGAGCCUGGCCAACACCCUCUCUCGACACACGCUCCAGACCACAGCGCAGGUGCUGAAGCAGGGCCACGCCCUGGCCAUGUGGAUCCCGGGUGUGGCACCCCUGAACAGCCUGGCCCAGUGGAGUGCGUCAGUGGCCAUGCAGGUGGUGUCCCGGCGGCGGGAGAGCGAGGUGCGGGUGCCCUGGCUGCACAACCUGGCCACCGCCUACGAGGAAGCCCAGGAUGACCAGACAGACAGCGAGGCAGAGGAGACCAAGGAAGACGAACAGGAGGAGGAGGCUGAGGAGCAGUUCAGCGAGGUAGCAGCCCCGCCCCGCCCGCAGGGCAUCCUGGGCAGCACGGUGCACACCCUGCAGAAGGCUGUCCGGGGCACCAUCUCGGCUGUGCUGUGGGCACCUAAAGCUGUGCUGGGCACUGCAGGGAGGGUGCUGCACCUCACACCGGCCCCCGCCAUCUCCUCGACCAAGGGGAGGGCCAUGUCCCUGUCAGAAGCCCUGAAGGGGGUCACAGACAACGUGGUGGACACAGUGGUGAACUAUGUGCCGCUCCCCAGGUUGUCACUGAUGGAGCCCGAGAGCGAGUUCCAGAACAUCGAGACCGAGCGCAGGGCGUCUGCAGCGCCGCCAGCCGGCCCGGAGGCCACAUCGCGCUGGGCGCAGCACCGAGGCAGCCUGCGCAGCAUGAGGGGGCCAGGCCUGGAGGACCGAGGGGACCUGCCCGCCGCGCUGCGCUCGUCUUUCCCGGGCGGGCCCCGCGAGAAGCCGGCGCGCAGGGUCAGCGACAGCUUCUUCCGGCCCAGCGUCAUGGAGCCCAUCCUGGGCCGCGCGCAGUACAGCCAGCUGCGCAAGAAGAGCUGAGCGCCCAGCGCCCGGUGCGCUGCCCAGCGCCGCGCCCAGGGAGCCAGGGCCUGUGGCGCCAGCAAGUAAGAAGCUACGCGUCCGAGAGAGUUGACUUCGUCAGAGUAGCCCCCUGGGCACCCUGAGCCUCGCACGUCAUCUUUUGAGUAUCUUUUUGGGGCUAAGCCUGCAGCCAAUUUUUAAGAAAAAUAAGAGCAGCACCCUGCUUUGAUUGUCCCGUGUUUUUUUUUUACUAAAAGAUUAAUUGCUUGA